GGGCUGAAGGGCAGUGAGCAAGUUCCGCCAGCCUGCACUGCUCAGGACACAGAAUCUGUGGGGGGGUCGCCCUCUCCACUUUCUUUCCGACUUCUUACCCCAAGGGGUGGUGGCCCAGUCCGCUCCCUGGAGGCCUGGCCCUGCAGGCAGACUGACGUCCCCCAGCCCCAGGCUGCUGGCUGCUGGGAUGGGGCCGCACAGCUGGCUGCCUCUGUUCAUGCAGCUGGCACUGCUGGGGCCACAGUGGGCCUUGCACUUCUACAAGGUCAAGGUCUUCGUGGUGCCCCACAGCCACAUGGAUGUGGGCUGGCUCCACACAGUGCAGGAGAGCAUGCAGGUUUAUGUCCCCGACGUCUACAACUCGGUGGUGGAGGCGCUGACCCGUGGGAAGAGGCGCAGGUUCAUCGCUGUGGAGCAGGAGUACUUCCGGCUGUGGUGGGAUGGCUUCGCCUCGGCCAAGCGGAAACGACAGGUCCGCCAGCUCCUGGCUGAACAACGCCUGGAGUUUGUCCUUGGAGGCCAGGUCAUGCACGACGAGGCCGUGACCCACUUUGACGACCAGAUCCUACAGCUCACAGAAGGACACGGGUUUCUCUAUGAAACGUUUGGGAUCCGGCCUCAGUUCUCCUGGCAGGUUGACCCCUUUGGCGCGUCUGCCACGACGCCCACCCUGUUGGCCCUGGCCGGCUUCAACGGCCACGUCAUCUCCCGGGUCGACUACGACCUGAAGGACGCCAUGCAGCACACCCAGGGCCUGCAGUUCGUGUGGCGAGGGUCCAGGUCCCUGGAGGCGCGGCAGGAAAUCUUCACGCACGUCCUGGACCAGUACAGCUACUGCUCGGACGGGUUUAUGUGGAGCGGGUCUCCCAGGUUCCUGGAUCGGCCAUUCGAUGUGGAUUACCCCGCCGUGGAAAUGCCUGUCAGCCAGGACAACAUAAAUCACUAUGUCCUCAACUUGGUGGACAAUGUGAACAAGCGGGCCGCCUGGUUCCGGACCCAGCACGUUCUCUGGCCCUGGGGAUGUGACAGGCAGUUUUUCAACGCCUCCCAACAAUUUGCCAACAUGGACCUUCUGAUGGACCACAUCAGCAAGCACACGUCGGAGCUCGGCAUCUCCAUCCAGUACGCCACGCUGGCCGAGUACUUCCAGGCGGUGUUUUCUCAGGAUGUGUCAUGGCAGGUCCGUGACCACCGGGACUUCCUGCCCUAUUCCUCAGCCCCAGAGCAGACCUGGACUGGAUUCUACACAUCCCAGAGUGGACUUAAGCGGCUGGCUAGGCGAGCCAGCGCUCUGCUGUACGCCGGAGAGUCCCUGUUCACACGCUACAUGUUGUCGGCUGCCCACCGGUUCCUGGACCCGGCCUGGGCCCUGACGCAGCUGCAGCAGCUCCGCUGGGCAGUCUCUGAGGUCCAGCACCACGACGGCAUCACUGGGACUCACAUUCUCGCUGUGAGAGCCAUGUUUGUGGAGCACCUGAGCGCAGGGAUGGCGGGCGUGCGGAAGCUGAUGGACUCCAUUGCUCAGGACAUGCCCCUCACCCACUCGGGCCCAGAGCCUGGGGGACACGUUGCCGUGGUCUACAACCCCCUGGCCUGGACAGUCACCACCGUCAUCACCUUGGCCGUAAGCUUCCCUGAGGUCAGCGUCACAGACGAGUCAGGCCACCCUGUGCCGGCCCAGGUCCAGGACUCAAAGGAGACACCAUCAGCUUAUGACCUGCACGUGCUGACCACAAUCCCAGGUCUCAGUUACCAGCACUACAUCAUCAGGCCCAUCAGGAAGGCCCGGGAGGACUCUCAGGAGGCUGCUGCCACUGUCCCCAGCACCAUCCAGUUUGGCCUCAAACUCAGGAGACAGGAUGGACAAGUGGGCAGGAACCUGGUGCCAGUGAAGAACGGCUGCUACACUGUGUUCCUGGACAAGGACACCAACCUGAUGCACAGCAUCUGGGAGAGGCAGAGUAACCGAACAGUACGUAUGAGCCAGGAGUUCCUGGAGUACCGCAGCGUGUAUGGGUACGAGGAAGCCGUCACUUCAGAUAAUUACCUGUUUACACCGAAUGGUACGGCGGAGCCGGCCUGGGCAGCUGUGAGAAUGGAGGUCGUGGAGGGCCGGCUCCUGAGCGAGAUCCGGCAGUACUUCUACAGGCAGGCGAAUGACAGUGACCACACCUACGCCAUCUACUCGCGGCUGGCCCACGGGCCCCAGGACUCUGCCGGGGAGCUGCUCUGCCAUCGCAUAGAGCAGGAGUACCGGGUGGGCCCCUUGGAACUGAACCACGAGGUCGUCCUGAGGGCCAGCACCAGUCUGAACACUGGGCUGGUCCUCUACUCGGACAACAACGGCUACCAGAUGCAGCGCCGAACCUACAGGCACGACAGGAACAACAGCGUCUCUCUGAACUACUACCCCAUGGCUCAGUCAGCCUUCAUCCAGGACAGGGGAAGCAGGCUCGUGCUACUGUCGGAGCAGGCGCACGGCGUCUCCAGCCAAGGGAACGGGCAAGUGGAGGUCAUGCUCCAUCGGCGGCUGUGGAACAAACUCGAGUGGACCCUGCAGUACAACCUCACACAUGAUGACACUUCAGUUGUCCGCCCGGUGCUCUGGCUCCUGCUGGGACCCCGGACACUCACCACUGGCCUGCGCCAGAGGAGCGGGCUGGAGCUGCAGCACAGGCCCGUGGUGCUGUUCAGAGAGCUGGGUGGGACUGUCCAGAAUGGCCCAGGCCCCCGGAAGCAAGAGCCUGUGACACUGCCCCCAAGCCUUCACCUGCAGGUCCUCAGCAUCCCCGGCUGGAAGUACAGUUCGAACCACACAGUGCACCUGAGGAAUCUCCAGAAAGGUCAUUAUAGAAAAGCCAAGGCAGACUUCCGCCGUGUCCUGCUGCGACUCCACCACCUGUAUGAGGCGGGGGAGCAUCAGGUGCUGUCUCGGCCGGUGACCGUGAAUCUGCAGUCGGUGUUGCGGGGGCUGGGCUCCGUGGUGGCGGUGGAGGAGCGCUCGCUCACGGGGACCUGGGACGUGAACAGCCUGCACCGCUGGAGCUGGAAGACGGAGGACGGCCACCACCACAGAGGUAGCUCCAGACGUCCCUUGCCACCCCUGAGAGGCCCCAACGUCACCAUCCACCCGAAGGAAAUCCGGACAUUCUUCAUUCACUUUCAAGAGCAGUGAGCCCUUGGCAGAUUCCAUGGCCCCAGGACCCAGAAAGGCUGCCUGGGGGGAUGAGGGGAACAGCUGCCAAUCUGGUGGCAACCCCAGGAAAUGGAUGGCUUAGGGGUGUUCGGAUUGCUUAAAUAAAAGAUGCAUUAAUGA